AUGCGUUGUGUACGAAGUUUAUCUCAGAAAAGAGGUAGUACUGCAAAAUUUGCCGGACAGGAUGAGUUUAAUGUGUUUGAUUUGAAGGCCCCUAAUUCGGUACGUAUCAAAGCCUUCAAAAAUGCAAUAUAUCAGUCUGCUAUGGGCAAAAUUAAAGUUAACUUCUCUCCAAUGGAAGUUAACCUCAUAACAAAAUUAGUUUGUGGAUUAAAGGCGGGAGAGAAGAAAAAUGUGAAGAAGUCUCUCCAUACUAAAGUACUUUUUCUUAAUAAAUCAUUGCUAACACAACGAUUGACAGACAAAGACAUAUUGGAGGAAAUGAACUUGGCAGCAAGCCCCAUAAAUGUUACUAUUCCUCGGGACAUAACAUCGCAAGAGGAAAAAAAAAAAAAUGAGCUACAGCUUCGGAAAGCAGGAAAUAUGGACCUUCAUCCGAGCAAGAAGAUGCAUAUUGAAGAACUUCUACAGUCUUUAAACUUAGACAUGAAUGAUCACGAAGAGGUUUACAAGAAAUUAUCGUUUUACUUACAGAAUAAUGGCGAUAAUAGGACUUCUGAGGACAGCUUGAAACCAAAAAACGUAAACAUCGACGUAAAGUCCUUAAAAUGGUAUCUACAGAAUAUUGAAAAGAAGGCACAUCGGAAAAAUGUGGUCAAUGAAAAAAAGAAAUCUCAAACUCGUACAUAUCAAUGGAAAACUGAAUCUUUUCCUGAAACAGUAUCAUUGACAGCAGGAAACAUUAUAUUCAAGAGGAAACCUAGUCUCUUAUGGAAACGUUUACAGAAUGGAUUGAGCGGUUUUUUGAAUAUAAAUAAAAUGGAAGAAAAGGCUGGUCACAGUAGCAAAGUACUCCAAGGAAAGAGUAUUCUACUCCACUCAUUAGUAAACAACAAAGGCGUGACUUUGUCAAACAAUUUUGAUUAUGGUGUCUUUAACAUUAACUUUACAGAUUUAUUUGGCGUCAUCAAUGCUUCCGGAUACCCACCAGAUAGAGCUUUAAACGAUAUCAAUGAUAUUGAGUCAAAAGGUUGGAAAUGCGUCGGAAAUUUAUACGACAACAAUAAAAUUAUAGUUUUUCAAAGAAACCAUUCGUUCUUGAAGAAAAAGAAAAUUCCUAAAAGGUCUUUUAUUGAUCCAAAAGUAUCCCUUAUUUCAUUUACAGCAUUAUUAGCCUCUUUUCUGGCAUAUUAUAAAUACCGCCUUUCUCAAAGCGAAGAGGCUGAGAGAUGA